GGGAUGCGGGUCAUUCUCCUUUCUGCCACCUCGAGACAGAAUGCCGACCUCUGUCGAAGACGCCACGAAGCAAUUCGAUGAAGCUUUGAAGCAAGCCUUCGGCGCCGCCGCGGACAACGUGUCCGUGGCCGCCGAAAAGGUGGGGGAGUUGGUCCACUCGAACAAGAAGAUCAACUUGAACCACGUCCACCGGUUGAUCAACGAGGGGUUGGUGAGCUCGGACGCGAGCCACCGCGAAGUGUCGGCGCGCGUCGUGGCCUCGAUCGCGCUCAAGAAGGACCGCCGCGUGGAAGCGUACACCGCCGGGUGGUUGCCCAACUUGUUGGACGCGUACGCGGACAAGAAGCUGAACGUGCGCGGCCCGGCCCAAGAAGCCGCCGUGGCGUUGGUGCAGUCGUUCAACGAGAACGCGCUCAGCUUUGUGUUGCCGUUGAUCUUUCAAGGUCUGGACCGCAUCAAGAAGUGGCAGACCAAGGAAGGCGCGCUCAACUUGAUCCUCGACUUUUGCGCGUUGCACCCGGUGCAAGUGUCGCGCAACCUCCCCGACAUCAUCCCCAAGGCGAUCGAGCAGAUCUGGGACACGCGUCCGGAGGUGAAGAAGGCCGCGAACGCCGUGAUGAUCAAGGCGUGCUCGACGGCGUCGAACGCGGACAUUGAGCCGUUCAUCCCUGCGUUGGUGUCUGCCAUGGCUGACCCGACCCAAGUGGCCGAGUGCGUGCACAAGUUGGCGUCCACGACGUUCGUCAAGACGGUGGAAUCCCCCGCGUUGGCCAUCAUGGAGCCUCUCUUGGUGCGUGGGUUGAACGAGAACAAGACGUCGGUGAAGCGCCAGACCGCGGUGAUCAUUGACAACAUGUGCAAGCUGGUCGAAGACCCUGCCGAAGCGCUGUUGUUCACGCCCAAGGUGUUGCCUACGUUGAAGCGCAUCAUCGAGUCGGUGGCCGACCCCGAAUGCCGCGACGUGGUCAAGCGCGCGCACAGCACGCUGCUCAUGGCCGCGGGGAACGUCGAGCUUAGCGAGGACGAAGGCAAGGUCGAGUUCUCGGCCGUGCUGGCCGCGUUGAAGGUCAUCAUCGCCAAGAUCCCGGCCGCCAAGAACGCGCACAUUGACGAAGCCACGCUCAACUACGUGGCCGGGAACGGGUUCUACCUGACGCUGGCCCGCAGCUUCAUCCCUGAAAAGUGGUCCCAGUCGGUCAAGCCGUACCUGCUCGCGUUCCUGGACGAGCACGAGAUCCCACACGUGACCAAGGACUUUCGUGAAAAGUGUUUCAAGGACAACAAGCUCAAGAUCGCCGACGACGUGAUCGAAGAAGACGUGGGUGAAGACUUGUGCGACUGCGAGUUCUCGCUCGCGUACGGUGGCAUGAUCCUGCUCAACAACGCGCGUCUGCAGCUCAAGAAGGGCCACCGGUACGGGUUGUGUGGCCCCAACGGCGCCGGCAAGUCGACGCUCAUGCGCGCGAUCGCGAACGGCCAGUUGGAAGGGUUCCCGUCCAAGGACGAAGUGCGCACGGUGUACGUCGAGCACAACUUGCAAGCGGAGGAAGCCGACCUGUCGGUGCUGGACUUUAUCUCCAAGGACCCCAACUUUGAGGGCGUGCUGUCCCGCAAGGAAGUGUCGGACACGCUUUCGUCUGUGGGGUUCACCGACCCGAUGCAAGCGCAAGCCGUGGGGUCGCUCUCGGGGGGAUGGAAGAUGAAGCUCGAAUUGGCCCGCGCCAUGCUCAUGAAGGCCGACAUUUUGUUGCUGGACGAACCGACCAACCACUUGGACGUGGCCAACGUGGCAUGGCUCGAGAACUACCUGAACAACGCCGGCGACGUGACGUCGAUCGUUGUGUCGCACGAUUCGGGGUUCCUCGACAACGUGUGCACCAACAUCAUCCACUACGAGAAGAACCGCAAGCUCAAGACGUACGUGGGCAACAUGUCUCACUUUGUGGAGCUGCGCCCGGAAGCCAAGGCGUACUACAACCUGGAGGCGGCCACGUUCGCGUUCAAGUUCCCUGAGCCGGGUUUCUUGGCCGACAUCAAGAACAAGGGCAAGCCCAUCAUCCGCAUGAACAACUGCUCGUACCAGUACCCUGGCACGACCAAGCCGUCGAUCAACAACAUCACGAUCACGUGCGCGCUGUCGUCGCGCAUUGCCGUGAUCGGGCCCAACGGCGCCGGCAAGUCGACCAUGAUCAAGAUGUUGACGGGCGAAGUGGAGCCGACGACCGGUACCAUGUGGAAGCAUCCGUCCAUGCGCUUUGCGUACGUGGCGCAGCAUGCGUUCCAUCACAUCGAAGAGCACUUGGACUUGACGGCCAACCAGUACAUCCAAUGGCGUUUCCAGUCUGGCGAGGACAAGGAACUGAUGGCCAAGGAGACGCGCAAGAUCAGCCCCGAAGAGAAGGCGCGGUUGGAGCAGCCCGUCAACUGGGAGGGCGAGAAGCGCGUGCUCGAGACGAUCGAGAACCGCCGCAAGCUGAAAAAGUCGUUCGAGUACGAGAUCAAGUGGGUCAAGUUGCCCGACACGGAAAACUCGUGGGUGCCGCGUGAGAAGCUCGAAAAGUGGGGCUUUGAGAAGCUGCUCCAGAUUGCCGACGAUCGCGAGGCGGCGCGCGCCAACUUGCAGGCGCGCCCCGUCACGGCCAUCGCCGUGCAAAAGCACUUGGACAACUUUGGCUUGGGCCCCGAGUUCGGCACGCACUCGCGCAUGCGCGGGCUCUCGGGCGGGCAAAAGGUCAAGGUCGUGCUGGGCGCCGCCAUGUGGCUCAACCCGCACAUCUUGGUGCUGGAUGAACCGACCAACUACUUGGAUCGCGACUCGCUGGGCGCGCUCGCCACGGCCAUCAAGGAGUUUGGCGGCGGAGUCGUCAUGAUCUCGCACAACCGCGAGUUCACGGACCAUUUGGCGAUUGAAACGUGGAACGUCGAAGCCGGCCACUGCUCGAUCGAGGGCCAGGUCAUGGAGGACAAGACCAAGAUCGAACAGAUCGACUCGCAGGAAACCGUCGACGCGUUCGGCAACAAGCAAGUCACCAAGGUCAAGCGAAAGCUCACCCGCAAGGAACUCAAGGCCAAGCUCAAGUUGAAGAAGGAAGCCGAGAAGCGCGGAGAAAUCUACGAAGACUCGGACUUGGACGACUACGAAGACGAAUAAAUGGAUAGAUGAUUAGCCGAGGCUCGUAUUUGGAGCUGACUUUGCUUUUGUAUAAUCUACGUUAUUUUCUUAGCUCACACCAAUGAAA